AUGGCACCUGGAAUUGCCAAUCACACUAGUAUAGGGGAAAAUGACGACGAAAGGCUUCCUUAUUAUGUUGAUGUCAGCGAUGAUACUUUGUUUACCUUUGAAGUUUUAAAUUCAAUGUGUAUGUUGGACAACUACGACCACUUGCUGUUUACUUUAGAAUGUCAGUCAGUGGAUGAAGAGAAGUUUGCGAUCCCCCCUUUCGAUGUUCUGCUUGUUCUGAUGACGCUGACUACAGUUUCCGAUCAUUACAAAGAACCUAUAUUGAGACAAAAUGAUCCCUAUAAUACUUCUAGGGGGAAGCUAUCUCGCAGGGCAUUUAAGAUAUUACGUUUUUACGUGAAAAUGUUGCAGAAGUACGAUCUGAAUGGGGGACAGCGCCCCGAUAUUGAGCUUCUAAGAUGUCAGUUCUUUCUGAUUAUCGAUUCCCUUUCUUCUAACGCUAGAUGGGCACGUCCCCAUCGAAGAAAACGUAGGAAAACCGAAAAUGGAGUAAUUUACAACUUUGAUGUGGCCGAGGCUGAAGACUCUGAGUUAGGAAACAUUAUUGCUAACCCAUAUCCUUAUGUCAGCUGCUUAGAGCAGAAAAAAAGCAUAUUGGGGAACGACUUGUUAAGCAUUAAGUUGAAGCAACCGGGUUCAUUCAUCAACAUGAUACUUUGGACCUUGUCAAACUCAUUGCAAGAAGAUAAUGUGCUGUAUAUCGACAAUCAUGAGGUAUGGAUGCCUCUCUUAGAGUUAAUCGUUGAUCUUUUCGUUCUGCGACACGACUUCUUCAUAAAACAUGAAUUGAAAUCAGCUAUAGAUGACUACCACAUGGUUCAGUUGCUGUCUGAGAGUCCAUUGGCAAAUUUUCUACAUCUGAUCGACUCCUCUCAAUCCGGGAUCUCGUUUUGCCAAUGUAUCUUCCUGUCCUGUGAUUACAAAUUUGAUGAUUUGGACGUCAGUAUAGAACUUCAUCCUGUUUAUUACGGUGAGAAUACUUUGAGCAAGACUUACAUCCCAAGGACGUCUUUCAGUAAAGUCUACAAGCUGAAAAGGUCUAUGUCACUGCGACGUAAAAUAAUAGGAACCUACUGCAAAUUGCUCACUGAAGUACCUACGGGGCAUCAGCUAAUUAAACCGAAGCCUAGUGCAGAUGAGCUAAUAAAAAACCUAUCUUACUCGUUGGCUAAAUUUAAUGAUAUUGAUGAAUUCGAAGCUUUCUUUCUGACUGGUGACCUCACAGUUGCAUCAUACUUCGUACCACUAAUUGCGGAGGAUACGCUUUGUCAUCUGUUUUCUAAUUUCAAAAAGUCUAUCGAGCGAUUGGAUAUUAAACAUGUGGCGCUUACUUUAGUUGAGAAUCUGGAUAACAUCGGAGCAUUUCUGUAUGAGUGUACAUGUUUUUUUGAUAAAGGCUUCUUUGUUCCACCUGAGAGACAAAUAAAAAGCAUAGAACUCGUUGAAAUUAACAAAGCCGAUAUUUGCAUGCUUGCCUUGUUCCAGUAUAUCAAAUUUCUCGAAGGCGGGGAGGUGAUAAAAUCAAAUUCUAAAUUCCACGACUUCAUUAAUGCAGUCAAUGGGAAUGACAGGAGAAGGAAAAGAAUUCUUUCAAGAAACGCGCCAGAUUCAAAUCUUCCCCCGUUAAUGCCUCUUCUUUUGAAAUUAUUGAAGUCAUGA